AUGGAUUUAUUCUCUCGUGAGUGUUUUUUUUUGAAGGGUGCGGGGGAUGAAUUUCUUGGUAGUUUUGUUUUUGAUGCCGAUGCUGAUGGUGUUGGCUCGUUGUUACUGGGGAAUUCUUCGUUCGGCCGAGGCUCUUUAAGAGGUGUUUCGUGCAUGCCUUUGAUACCACAGGGUGUUUCUUCGUUGUCUGUUCUUUUCUGGUGGUGGAAGUGGCCUAUGCUGUCUGCGGAUGGUGGUUGUUUUGGGCAGCCGCAGGAGCCGGAGUUGGAUUCAUCGGUGGAGAGGGAAUUGGUUUUGGAUUUGACUGUGUCGAGGUCUAUGCGUGAGUUGUUGCGCGUUUAUACUGUGUACGACCCGCCGAGGGCGGCGCUCAUGUUGGGAGACUCCGUUGAUGCGUACAAUUGCCUAUUUCUGGGGCGUUGUGAGAGGGGUGAUCCUAUGUUGGUGUUGCCCGUGGAGGAGGACUGGAAUGAGGCUGUACGCCGCGGCAUUUUGCCUGUGGUUAUUCUGCGCUUCACACUUUGGGCGUACGUCACCAGAUUGAGCCAGCGUUGUGGUGAUGUUGCGAUAGACGCGGACUCGGGCGCAUUUCUUUCUUCCGCACGCCCGGCGACAUGUGAUGCCCUCAGCAUGGAUCGGGAGGAGGUGAUGGUGCCGUUGACGGCAGGGACAGGGAAACAUACGGAGCUGCACGAGGCGGGGCUGCCGAAAUGGCUGCCGCUUCCCCUCCCGCAGUUUAUUCCUGGCGUGCCUAUGGAGCGAAGCGAUUGGCUGGAGGUGCUGGCUGUGUUUGCGCCACCCGACUGCGCUGCGACACUUCUGCAGAGAGCGCGCUCCGUUCAAGACGGCCGUUAUGAUGAAGAAAAUGACCGUGGGGCUUCAUCAUUUUUGUCAUGGCGACAUGCGGGCCCGGUGAAUAUCACCCCGAUUGGCAAUACCGCAGGGGCGGGCGAUGGGAAUAUUGGGAACGAGGCCACUGUUUCCAUGAUAACAUGUGAUGUUUCUGAGAAGAGCGCGCGGCACGGUCUUUCUCGUCUGCAGGCGAUCCUGCAGGCACCACGCACUCCAACGCAGGUAUUUUUAUUCCACGGGGAGCUCCACGUCUUACACCAUCUUGAUGGCGUUGUGAGGUGCAUGUCGGAGGCACCAACGACGACGAAUGCGUGGUUUAACUGCAGCGGUGAAGGUGUUUUAUCAGGUGGUACAAAUGUUGAUGGGCCGCUAUCAACAAUUUCUUGUGUAAAUGCUGCUUCUGAGAGCUGUCGUGAUGAAGCCUUCCUGUCCCCAAGCCAAUACAAGGAGGCUGCUGGACGCGCGGCUUCCAUCGCUGCAUGGCGAAGUCAAGGAGGCCACCGGCAGUGCGUUCGGAGGGAAAUGCCAAAUGACGGCAAUGAAAUUAUAAAUACUGAUGACAGCGAUGAUAAUCAUGAUGAUGAUAUGGAUGCGAUUGUGGAAUACGCAGAGGCAUUGUUGCUGCCCUCCAUCUCCACCACACGGAAGGUCGAGACACAUGGUUCAGGACCCUGCCUAAGUAGUGGAUAUGAAAAUAUUAAUCAUGAUGACAUGAAGCCGGGGCAUUACAGUUACGAGGAUGAUGGGAUGAUGAAAGCAGCUCACAAGGUUCCUCACGGUGUGCUGGCGCCAAUCGCCACCUCUGCAGUGAUAACUUGUGGAAGUGCAACUGCUUCUUGUGCAUCCUUCACGGCGAAGCUUCCGGGAACUUUGAUUUCUGUGGGUGGCGGUGCCUUUUGCCUUCCGAGGACUGUUCUUCAAGACAAGGAUGUCUCCUGUUUGUUGGCGUAUUGGGGAUUUGAUCCGGUUGUGUGCGAACGCUCAGAUUGCACGCGCGAAUAUAACCGUAACGUUGAGGAUACUGAUACUGCUAUGGCUGCUACCCCGACUUUUGUUUUGAGCGAUAACGAGGAUUACGUACACAACGCGGUGUCUUGCCGUUUGCCCUUGUCAAAAUUUACCGCCCAGCUUAGUUGUAACAUUCUUUUUUGCCGUGAAAUCCCCACCACUUCUUCUACCGCGUGGUGCACGGAUGAUGAAAACAACUAUAACUGGUGGCCUGUUGAUGUUUUUUACGGCGCUGCUGAUGAUGUUACAACAAGUGAUGAUGAUGAUUAUAAUGAGUGCGGUGUGGCACCGCAACAGUUUGUCUUACCAAGACGAGAAACAUCAGAGCUCCCUGCAGCGCCCAUACUACGGCCACUUGUGUGA